GGCUGUGAUAUGCCCAAGAAGGAGCUGGGGAUGGCUGGCUGCAACUCUGGCAGCUGUGACAGCAUGGUCAGCACAGCUUCCAACCACUCACAGCGUAGUGAUAACAGCUAUGACUACUUGUCUGUGGAAGAGAAAGAGUGUUUGAUGUUCCUAGAAGAAACCAUUGGCUCACUGGAUGCAGAAGCAGACAGUGGAGUCUCCACUGAUGAGACUGACUACGUGGAGCCCUCCGAGCUGCCUGGGAUGUGGCGUAAGAGAGAUUCCAGUGCCCAGGAUUUGGAAAACGGGGCCCCUCUUCCCCCUGUAGGUCACAAACACGCAGCUGAUCAGAGAAGCAGUAAGAACAUCUCUGCCUCCUCCAGCCCAGCUGCAGCAGCAGCUCCAAGCCCAGCUCACCGCAGCCUUCCAAGGAGCAUCGCUGUAGCAAACGGAGCUUCUGACAGCCAAGCGACUGUGCACACGGUGGAGGAGGAGGCAGUGCCAGGGGAGAAAGCUUCCCAGGUGGCCAAGGAGGACAGGCUCGACCAAGCCAACACAAGGAGCCAGCUGAAGUCCCUGGGGACUUUGAUUAUCCAACCCCCAGCUCCCUUCCAGGAUGAGCUGGUGAGCCACGAGUGGUCCCGGACCAGUCGCUCGGGUGCCAAGAGGGAAACAGCCACAGAGACCAAGAGCUGGACUGCCUGGGGCCAGGCAGAGAAAGCCACAUCAGAAGCAGCUCCUCAGGACCACGAUGCCAAGCGUGGGCCUCCAACUGCCCCCAAGCCACGCAAACUGCCACCUAACAUCGUCCUGAAGACCAGCAGACCCAGCUCAGUGCCGCUGGCUGCAGAGCCCAGCCAGAGGACCAAAGCAGCUCCUCCACCCGCGGCCACCUCUCAGCCCAGCCCUGCUGCUGAUGCUGCUGCUGCUGACAAGCUGAACUCGGGGCACCUGGACCCCAAGGACAGGGAGAAAGCCCAUCGGGAGGCACUGCAGAAGCUUGGGCUGUCACAGGACGGGAGGGAGCCCAGCAGCCACCUCCAGCCUAACCCCCAGCCCCCCACCCAUCCCCAUCCCAGGGAGAUGCCCUUCCCCAGCGCUGGGGAGCCAGAGGCAGGCUGUGGGGCAGCAGAGAGGUCGGUGCCAGGCGUCCGACAGAUGACCUUCAAAUCCAACACCCUGGAGCGCUCCGGCGUGGGGCUGAGCAGCUACAUGGCCAGCACCAAGGAGCAGAACGCCAAGACCAGCAGCUCCUUGGGCAAGAUGUCCUUCAUCGAGCGGCUCGCCCCCAGCUUCCUCCGCAGCAGCCGGCCCCGGCCGGUGUCGCUGGGAGCGGGGAAGGACUUCGCGGCUCUGAAGGAGCAGGCGGAGCAGGAGAAGAGCAGCAAGCGGCGAUCCCAUCCUCUGCAGAGCUUCCCCAGGCCGCCUCGCUCCUGCGUCAGCGUCAAGAUCUCCCCCAAGGGCUCGACCGACGAGAACCGGCGAGAGGCGCUGAAGAAGCUCGGUCUGCUGAAGGAGUAGCUCGGGAGGCCGGGGAGGGGGCUGCUGCCAAAGGACCUGCUCCUACCCCACCGCCUUCGCUGGCCGCCCCUGGACAGCGCAGCCCUCGGCGGCUUCUGCAGCCACCUCCCGCCCCAGCGCCUCGGGAAGGCAUCUCCGAGAGGCAGUCGGAGCUCGGAGCAGGCUGGGUACCACCGGGAGCAGGUACUCUGCAGGCAGCGAGCGGGGAGGAGCUGUUCGGCACUCAGCUGGCGGCUGGGGGACGUUCUCCUGCGAGGUCCUUCAUGCAUCUGGGGGUUCAUCUCAAGAGGGAAGCUGCGGGCUUGGGGCUUGGGCUUACUUUAAAAGGGUUCUCCUUGCGGGUGAAGCCUCUCCGGGGAGGACUGCAGGACUCUGCUGCUCCUUUACUGUUUGAUGGUUUGGUUUUGUUAAUUUCAUCAAUGCUUCUGAGGCCUCAGCACUCUGCAAACGCCUCCUAAAGAGCCACCACUGCCACAAACUCUCAGCCCAGGGGGCUCAGCAAUGCUCUCUCACGCAUGGAUGUGGGUCCAGGAGCCAUGCAAGGCCUGGGUGGCUGCACAGACAUCCCACUGCCUCCUCACCAAGACUGCUCUCUCACCCAGCCCCAACAACUUGGAUAUUCCACUUGGAAGGUGCACAACCAUCCACGGUCACCCUGGUGGGACAGUUCAGCAUCCACAAACCAAGUGCUGGUGGCAGAAGCAGAAGUGCUGCCCGAAACAAGAGAGGUGGGGGUUGGAGUCAUCAUUUCAUUCCCUCUCAAAGUCUUCCUGCAGCUUUUUAGCCUCAGGUGAUGCUGCCAAGGUUUGUGCUGCACCUUCCCUGGCAAAGGUGGUUUGGGUCUGUCUCUAAUCAACUUGUCUGUGAGCAGAAAAUGCUGGUGAGGACAGAUCUGGGUUGGAGUCAAAGCUCUGGUAGAGCUAAUUAAUGAAUCUGAAUCUUCAGCACGUCUUGACUGCAACCCAGUGUGGCUCAGACAGCAGCCAAACAUUGCAAAUGACAGAAGGGUUUGGCUUGGAAGGGACUUUAAAGAUCAUCCAGCUCCAGCCCCCCUGCUGUGGGGGCAUCUAAAUGAUGAGGUUUGAACCAGAGGCUUGGGCUUCCUGCCACCCAGGGUCCACACAAGGUGGGAUGAGGUAAAAUCCAGUAGGAUUGGGGUCAUGGGGGCAGGUACCCCUGGAGAAUUAGACAAACACUGGAUGAGGUGGUUGAAUCCCUGUCCCUAGAGGUGUCUAGAAGCCAUUUAGGUGUGGUGCUGAGGGACAUGGUUUGGUCCCAGCCUUGGUGGAGUUAAGAGAAUGAUUGGACUUGAGGAUAAGCUGAGGGAAGCUGGGACUGUUCAGCCUGGAGAAGAGAAGGCUCCAGGGAGACCUUAGAGCUGCUUUGCAGUAGCUGAAGGGAUCCUACAGGAAGGCUGCAGAGGGACUUUUCCUAUGGGUGUCUAGAGACAGGAUGAGAGGUUUGAAGCUGAGACAGAGCAGGGUCAGACUGGAGCUGAGGAAGAAGUUCUUCCAUGGAGGGUGGUGAGGCUCUGGAACAGGUUACCCUGGGAGGUUGUGGCUGCCUCCUCCCUAGGGGUAUUCAAAGCCAGGUUGGAUGAGACCUUGAGCAGCUGAGUCCAGUUGAGAGGUGUCCCUGCCCUCAGUGGGGAGGUUGGAGCAGAUGAUCUCUGAGGUCCCUUCCAACCUGAGCCAUUCUGUGAUCUUAAAGGUCUUUUCCAAUCCAACCAACCACACAGAUGCAAAAGCCUUCCACUGCGCUGCCAAACUGGGAUGGCUGAGAUGGGACCUGCCACUGCUCCAGUCAAUUCCUUCCACCCUGCACCAUCUCCUGGGGCUGUGGGACACCUCCCACAGCAGCAAGUUAGCUGGGAAGCUGCACUGACAGCUUAGCUUGAAAGGAUCCUUUUAUUCCUUUCACCAAAUAAACAUAGAGAUAAAUAAACUGUUCCUGCAGUUCUGGCUUUCAGUGCUGGACAUCCAGAGAGCCUCUGCCCUUGCCCCUUCAGUGUUUGACAUCCAGAGAGCCUCUGCCCUUGCUCCUUCAGUGCUGGACA